CUCGCUGCGAUGCCACCACAAGGCUAUGACUAUGACCAUCCACAGCGCUCUCCACGCUCAUCCACAUCCACCAUAUACCAUGACAACCUGGACAUAGACCCAUUCCAGGAAAAACACACGGCUUUCAGAGACGAUCCCACCAUCGAACAAGGUAUCCACGUCUAUCCAGACGACGACGAUGGAGAGGGCUACACUGUCGAAUCCAGCCGGACACAUCCUCGGAACAAGUCACGCAAGGUACUCGCCGUCCUCGUCGUUAUCGUCACUUUCGCAGGUAUCAUCGGCGUGCUCGCUGCUUCAGGAUACUCGGUACCCUCUUUCUCGUCCAAAGGUGGCACAAAGCAUAUCACCAUGGACCAUGUGUUUAACGGCACGUUCAAUGCCUACAGCAAGCAGAUUGACUGGGUCAAGGAGGCGGAAGACGGCACGUUCUCACAUAUCAACAAGGAAGGAAACAUUGUCCUCAACACCGUCCGCAACAUGACCACCGACACCCUUCUCGUCAACGCAUCGCUUGUCCUUGACCUUGAGGGCAAUCGACUCCCCUGGACGGGAUGGGCCCUCUCAGCUGAUAUGCAGUACGUCCUCUUCAGAACCGACCAUCUCAAACAGUGGCGGCACUCGUCAUUCGGGAACUACUGGAUACAUCGUCGACAAGAUUCGGCUACGUUUCCUGUCAUCCCGCCGACCAGCCCGCCGACUAUAGCAAAGUGUACGUGGUCGCCUGUCGGGCAUGCAUUGGCGUUUGUCAGUAAGAACGACGUCUAUAUCAUCUCUGAAGAUGACCUCUCCUCUGUCCCCUCCUCCUCCUCCUCCUCCCCUUCACAUGUAAGAGUAACAACCGAUGGAAGCCACACAAUCUUCAACGGCGUCCCCGACUGGGUAUACGAAGAAGAAGUGUUUGAAACGGAUACCGCCCUCUGGUGGAGUCCUGAUGGCAAGAGGGUUGCUUUUUUGAGAAGCGAUGAGAGUAAAGUACAUGAUUUCAAGUUGCAGUAUUAUAACCCAUCGAAUGAUGCGUUCAAGGUGCAUCAGUACCAGACCGAGCUGGAUAUGAAAUACCCCAAACCUGGUACACCCAACCCCACCGUCACAGUCCACACUUUUUCCCUCUCUUCCCUCUCCUCCUCCGCCACCUCGGCCACCGCACAACGUCUCACCUGGCCAGGCGAGUUCCCUCUCCCAGACCGCAUCCUCACCGAAAUUGGCUGGGUAGCCGAUGAUGCCCUCCUCGUUAAAGAGAUUGAUAGAGCUGCGAGGGACGGGAACGUCGUUCUUUUCCAGUUUGGGAGCGACCAUGAAGCAAAGGUGGAAGGGGAGAUUGUGAGGCGGUUAGGGAAGGACGGGGAGGAAGGCGAUGAUGGAUGGAUCGAUCAUGGCCAGAACGUCAUCCCCGUUAAAGGGCCAGUCCAAGGAUACCUCGACAUCGUCCCUAAUCAAGGGUACAACCACAUUGCGCUGUUCACUCCGUUGAACGCUAGUAAGCCUCGGUGGAUCACUGCAGGAGAAUGGGAAGUCACCGAGAUAUCGGGGGUUGAUACCGAAAAGGGCCUUGUUUACUUUACAGCUGCAACCCCUUCUAUCGACAGACACAUCUACUCUAUCCCCUUACCCACUCUUUCAUCCAUCGAUGAUGAAGAGGAUCAAGACGCAUCGAUGAGUAGCAUGGCCGCAUUGACAGAUACUACUUCCCCUGGAUAUUUUGAAGCUUCCUUCUCUCCCAAAGCGGGGUAUUAUGUCUUGGGGUAUAAAGGGCCAGAAGUACCUUGGCAGAGGUUGAUAGAAGCUGGGUCUGGAGAGAAUCGAGCGAAUGUGUUAUUGGAAGGUAAUGCAGGACUGAACAAGACAGUUUCAGAAUUCUUGAAACCUCUUGUCACGAGGACGACUAUCGAAAAUGAUGGCUACGAACUCAACAUGCUCGAGAUCCUUCCUCCCAACCUCGACAUCACCGGCCGCAAAAAGUACCCCGUCCUGAUCCGCGUCUACGGCGGACCCGGCUCUCAAAUGGUGUCUAACCGAUUCGAAAGGGAUUGGCAUUCUUACCUCGCUGCCUCCCAGCGGUACAUUAUCAUCAUGCUCGACGGUCGUGGAACGGGGUUUAGAGGUAGGAAUCUGAGGAACCCGGUGAGGGAUGAUUUGGGGCAUUGGGAGGUGCAGGAUCAGGUCGCGGCGGCGAGGGAGAUGGCGAAGAGGGUUUAUGUGGAUAGAUCGAGGAUUGGGAUUUGGGGAUGGAGUUAUGGAGGAUACAUGACUUGUAAGGCUAUUGAAGCCGAUUCUGGUAUAUUCACUCUCGGAAUGGCCGUCGCACCCGUCACAGAUUGGCUUUACUACGACUCCAUCUACACCGAACGAUACAUGUCAACUCCCUCCGCCAACAAGGACGGGUACACCACCUCGGCAGUGAACAAUGUCACUUCCUUUUCGGGCGAUAAAGUCGAUUUCAUCUGGGCACAUGGAAGCGGGGACGAUAAUGUCCACUAUAUGAAUAGUGCGGCGCUUUUGGAUAAGUUGACGCAGGAGCAAGUGAGAGGGUGGAGGUUUAGGAUGUUUACUGAUUCCAAUCAUUCAAUGGAUAAGCGGAUGGCGUACCGGGAAGUGUACGAGUGGAUGAAUGAUUUCUUGGAAGAAAAAUGGGGUAAAGGAGGGACUGUACAUCAUUAGAUAAAAACUACAUUUAGAUGUAGAAGGAGCACAAAUGCAGCAUGUUGUAUAAA